GCCAACGGGAAAGGGAAAAAUUCAGGGAAAAGAGGGUGUAUAGAGAAACCCUCCUCUCCUCCUGCCGCCUUCCCUGCCAGCCGCCUGGCUUUGGGGGGCCGUGCCGAGCUAAGCUCGGGUCUGCCUUCUGAGACCCUCCGCUCACCGCGCAACGUCGUCCGGAGCUCCCGGAGAGCUUUGGAAGGGCAGGUUUGAGCGGGAUCAAGGGUCUCUCCGUUGUGGCUGCCUAUUCUUUUAUAGAUCAAGUCCCUGUGAGCUACCACCUAUAUAAAAUUCUGUCCAUUUGGACUUAAAUUCUGGUGGAAAUUUUCUCAGAUUCUUGUCCUUGUGCUACUAAAAUCAUCCCUAACUAAAGAUGCAUCCAGACCUGUCUCCUCAUCUGCACACUGAAGAGUGUAACCUAAUUAUCAGUCUGCUCAAGAAGUGUCACAAGGAGCACAAUGUUUUGAAGUUUUUUGGCCAUUGCAAUGAUAUUGACCGUGAGAUGAGGAAGUGCUUAAAAAAAGAGUAUGAAGAAAACAGGCGCAGAAACUGGGAGAAGCGACAGAGGAUGAUUAAUGCUCACAAAGCCUCAGAGAAGUGAGCUGUGCAGUGGCUGGGCAGCUGCAGCUCCACUGGGACAUUCACUUGGAAGCUGAAAGAAUACUUGUGUUUCAUCACCAAUGUCCAGCCUGUGGUUUGUGAAAUGGUGACAAAAUAAAUGCAUCUAAUGCAUAUUCAUUCCCAACAAGGCAAACAAUGUGAAAAAAUAAAUACAAUACAUUGCUCACAACCUAACUUAAUUUUUGACCUCUAAAAGAAAACUACUGUGGCAAGUCUUUGUUCUGGCAAUUUUAUGACUGCUAAGUAAUGAGAAAUUGGUGUGCAUGAGGUACUAUAUGUUCAGGUCAGCUGUAUUCCCUACUUUGUACUGAGUUGCAUUUUUUUCCUUGUGUUUAGCAGUUUCUCUUUCAUAUCUUGGGUUUUGUAGGAUUUUUUUUGUUUUGUUUUUCAUUGCAAAACACUAAAUUACUCUUUCCACUGCUUUUUGUAGUGUUGUGAUAACACUUCUUAAAUGGAUUAGGAAAAAGAAAUUUUAAACAGAUGUGGCUUGAAAUUGGAAAUUGCCUUUCAAGGAAUAAUUGGAGCUCUAGUAUUUUUAUUGGAGCUAGAAGGAUGAAACUACUGUCUUUAGCUGAGAAGAUUACAAAUCCUCCCUGCCAACCAUAUGUACAGUGUAGACUGUUGUAAGACAAUUUGUUCAUCAUACCCAAAGCAAGUGGCUUUAGAAAUUCAGAAUGGAACAUUUCCAGGGAUUUACAAAGCUUCCCCUUGAUUUUUGUUGAAGUACGAUCAAUGUGUACUGAGUGAUUUUUGAAGAGGAGUGCUGCCAAAAAUGCAAGCUAAAGUUCUUCCAUUUUCUAUGGUACAAAGGUAAAGUCAAGUUAUGACUGUUGAGGUUGAAGCAAAGCUGUCACUGAAGUGAAAGAAAAUUGUAACUUUCUCAGGCAAGUCAAUGUGUAUUGUGUUACCAGGUUGCCUUGUUAGCCUAUAAAAGGUGUUUAUUUGCCAUCAAACUGCUGAAAGCCCAGAACAAGUGUCAGAAUUGAGAGGAUUUGAUAUCAAAACAUACACUGGUUUGUCCAGUGAUGGAGCUCCUCUGUGUGUAUGCUGGAUUCACCUUACUUUUAAACAAUGACUCAAUUCUGCCUAACAGCAAAAGACUUUUUUAAAAAAUAAGUUUUGUUGAGCCAAAUAUACAAAGUAUCUAGAAACCUUUUGGAAUAAAGGUGCCUAUUCUACAGUGAAUUACAUGGUUUGUUGUAAGAACCAUUUUUGAUACUUAAUCUUGAAAUUGGUACCUGCCCCUGGUUUUGGAAGAAAAUGGUAUUUUGUGAGCUGUUUUGAAGGAUGAAUUAGAUAGGAUAAUUUUAGUUAUUUUUCAAUACCUGGAUGGACCAAUUAAACUGGUAAAAUUAAGCCACAGAUAUUUUCAGUGAAAGUUCCAAGCAAAGCUGAGACAAUUGUUUCUGCAUCUUGACACACUGUUUGUGUUUUAGAACAAGUAGAUGAUGCAGUGUUUGAAUUAAUACUUGAAUGGUUGGAAGUGGUGCAGCCUUUAUUGGUACUUUCCAGCGUAUUUUCAAAGAAUACUUUGUAGUGAACUCCCCUGUCUGGGAACUCUGCAUCCAUGUUAAUUCUUCCAUUUGAGAUGACACAGCCUACUUCAGGCAAGCUCUUAAAUAGGAUUUGUAGUCUUUAAGUAAAUAAAUAAAUAGAGAAUUGUUCCAGAGAUUAGGUUGAGAAGCUGAUAGCUGAGUGCAGAAGCACUGAAGCUUUUGUUUCUUUAAUCAGCUUCUGUGAGUCCCAAUCUUUCACACAUCAACAAAAUAAGAAACCAAGAGCCACUUAACACAGCUCAUUAGUCAGAAUUAUGUUUGCAAAGAUCAAUGUGCUUAGUGAAUGAAAGACCAAAUGGCACAUACAGUUCCUAUUGAUACUUCCAACUACAUUUAUUUAUAAAUCUAUUUUACAGAUCAGCUUUGUUUACCUAGUGAAAGUCUGAUCAUGGUCUUCCUUCUGUUUCUCUUUGCUAAUUGCCCACUAGUAGUGUGAUAUGAGAGUGCCCAUUGAUUCCCGUGAGUUUUCUUUUGUUUGACAGAGAGUUCAUGUUGCCAAUUUGAUCUUGAAGCUGAAAAACACUGGUAUAAUAAUACUGAUGAUUUAUCUGACAGAGAAAGGGGCAAGGGUGAAAUAGUAAAUGUGGAGUUUUUUUCUUGUUUCCUAAAGUGAGCUUGGCCGAAAUAAACCUUAUCUCUAUAGACUUUGAAGACA